AAAAAAAACAGCAACGGAGCGGAGCGGCUCGAAUGGUAAAACUGCUGCGUCGGAAGCUGGUUCGAAACGAAAUAUCAAGUGAAAAUUUAGUUUAUUCUGAAUACGUUCGGCAUUAUUUUAUACUUUCGAAACGUGCAAUUGGGCUUGUUGCCAAAAGUGGACACAUAAUGGAACCGAUGCUUUAGCAAAUACCUUCAAAUCAACGAAUGGUUUCAACUGGUUAAGUGUCACCAAGAAAAAGAAAAAAGGGAGCGAAAUUUUGGGUCAGCAGAGGUUUACAACUACGAAGAAAAAGAGGUCCACCAUUGCAUGAACAUUCAUUACUUUGCAGGUCACCGGUAUUCGUUCCCAAGAAAAGAAAGAAUAGUUAUAAGAGGUACAUGGUAGAAAUGUCGAAUCCAAAUAGUCAACCUUGCGAUGCAACUAAUCAUUCGUCUAAUGAAAGUGUCAGUCAUCGAACUGUACAGCAAAAUGGGCCACAUGUGUUAGACGCUAAUUACAUAGAACAUAAAAUUAAGAAUCUAUUGAAUGAAGACCACCAGGAUGAAAAAAUCCAUUCAAACCGUUCAGAUAAAACAGAUGAAAUUCAUACAUCUAAGCAUGUUGUCUUGAGUGGUAUUUUAGCAACUGAGGAUAGUUGUAAUGCAGUCGAUCAUAAGAUAACUCUGGCUGAAACGCGUUCCAUCCCAGACAAAGUAUCUCAGCAAGAUCUUUCCUUUAACGGGAAGAUUAACAGUUUGAGAGUUUCAGAUGCGAAUACCAGCUCUGCAACGCAGCUGACCGGAAAUUCAGCGACUAAAACCACGAAUGUAAAAGUUUGCCUGGAGAAACUAAAUGAAUCUUUUGAACUAUUGACGAAGGAAGACAAUUCACUAAUGCAUUACAAUAACGAAAAGUCUCCGGAUUUGUUUGCUGACGAAGAUGAUGAUAAAAGCGAAAGUCUUGCCGAAAUGCCAAAAUCCGACGAAGAAGAUGAACGUGAUAAUGAAAAACUAAAAAGCAGUGCAGCAUUCAGCAGUUGCGUGAAUGAUCCGGUUGGUAGAGUAGAGCAAUCAAUCUUAAGACGUUUACAGGCAUCGUUAUCGGGUAUUUUACCACCACCCUCUGUAACUCAUAUGCAUAUUGAUGCCAAUCGUAUGCUCAAUCUGUAUAGAGAAAAUGAAGCUACAUUUUUCUAUCGAAAUUCAAAUACAAACGAAAUAUCGGCAAGACAGACUAGCGAAGCCGGUGGAUACCUUAACAAGCCCACUCAUUCAGAAGCUGAACUACGCGACAUCAAUUGGCCUCAAUUGCUCAAAAUACGAGCUCAUGGGCUUCACUACAAUCGGUCCACGGUUACAGAGAAGAUUGAACUACUAGGCUUGAAAUACGUGGAUCGAUACAUCGGUGCUGAAACGAGCACUACCUUUAGCGCCAAUCGUUCACCUAGCAGCACAAGAAAGCGUAACCUACGUUUAAAGAUGUUGAGCCAAUCUCCAGGGAGUCGUCUGAGUCAUCUCGCACGUCGUCGAGCAGUGUUCUCCUCUGCCAAUUUAAUCAACAGUUCUUCGCUCGGUUCAUCUUCAGCAUCAAGUUCAGGCCGUUUGUGCAAUAGACAAAUUUUGCUAGAUCCCAAGAAAUCAGAUAAUCGACGCAAAAAUAAGGGUAGAACUCCUAAACGGCGUACUCCUGGUCGCCGAAAAACACCAAAAAGAAAAACUCCUGGUUCAUCUGCGAAAAAGCGUACACUGAGUCUUCCAGUUGCUAAACCAACAACCACUAAUAGGGAAACGUCGAAACGGGCACUUUUUCAAAGCCCACCUAGCGAUGCCUCAAAAGCUGCAAUGUCAGCUAUAAACGACCUCGUAGCAAAAGGAAGCAGUGUUGCAGCAAGCAAAGUGCAGAAGUCUAAACGUGCCUUAUUUUCCCCUCCGAAACGAGCCCAUCGCUUCUCUUCGGUUUCUAAUGGACAGUCGGACUUAUCCGUGAAAGAGUCUCUGAUGUCUUCGAACCGAUACGGAUCUACUAAUAAUAUAGAUAAUCUGAGGGACGACACAGACACGACACUUCCCACAUCUUCGAGUGGGAAGCGGAGACGGCCAACCGAUGACGACGAUGAGCUUAGGUUACAGCAGCGGUCUGAAAAACUUCCCCGUUUAGAUUCGGUCAACGAAGAAGAUCUAACUCCUCGUUCGCUGAAACUAGCUCGUAGUCAAAGCUUCUGCAUCGGAUCUCAGAAUAUGAAUACAAAAUCUGCAUCGGAAAAAAGUUUCUGUGGUAGAUCUUUGUUCAGGGCCAACUCGGAAGUUACAUUCCCUGAUUCUGUAAGUCGUCCAAUCACUGUUCUCACCGAGAACCAUAAGAAGAAACUACUCUGGGCAGUGUCACAAGCUUUGCAGAGCAAACAGAUCACAGUAAAACACGAACAGUUCAAACAGCAUGCCUCAAAUCUGGCACGCAUUGUAAAACGUUUAUUUUUAGAAUUCAACGAUCAGACUAUUAGUAGUACCAGUGAAAAAAUGCUGAGGUUGGCGAAUAAGCACGUUUACGAUGUGAUACAGGGCCGUAACGUUGACGACAUUUAUCUUAAAGAAAAAACUCGCAUCAUGAACGCUAAGAACCUUACUAAGCUACAAGGCUACAUCGCACCGGAGGAGUAUGAGCAGCGGAAACAAUUUUUGCAGCGAAGCUCUUCUACAUCGCAUUUAAUUUUGGACAAUUCGCACGACUCGUCUAUGUGCGCAUCUACAAGCCAACUAGGUCAACUUAGCCAAAGCUCGAUUUUCUCGCAAAGUCUUGAAUCGAUCAACCAGUUGUCGCAGUCCUCUCUCCGUAAGAGUCAAUUAACUGGAGGUGUUGAAGCGACAGCUCUACGUGAAAACAUCGAUAGCGAACAGCGACAAAAAUCUGCUCAAAAACAGGUAUCUUUCUCCGGUAAGGAUCAGAAAAAUGUAAGUCCCUAUGCUGAUCAAAAGCCAGGCUCGCAGAAGAAAGCUAAACUGCUGGUUGGCGGUGCUCUCACUUCAAGCAUUCUCAAGGCUAAAAGGCAAAUAUCCUUCGAAUGAUCGAAUGGUGAAAGCGAAAUUGUACAGAUUAUUGUCAUGGGCAUUAUCGAAUUUUAAGUGAUGGGUAAUCUUUUUCCGCGCUGGUGAAUUACGCAUUUCAAUCGUGGAAAUCCAACUUAUUCAGUUGAAAUUUAUAGAUCCAAAGAAAUGCAUCUGGUUGGAUUCUACCGCUUGUAAAUAUCAUAUUUAAACUUAAUAG